CUUUAUGGGAGAAAAAGAAUGGUCCAAGGAUAUGAAGUUACUCUCUGGAAGAAUUCAUGAGAAAACAUGUUGGAUCUGCAGAUGUGAAAAACAAAAAAACUUUAGAUUUCUGUGGGACCUUUUCCUUUCCAGCUCAGGCAUGGUAAUCACUUUUAUUUUUUUUCUGGCUUUCUCAGAAACCCCCCAAACUACAGCCCAGGAGGAGGCAACAAAGAUGGAGGAAAAGACUUCUUCUAUUCCUUCACCUAAGAAUGCAACUGAAACAUCCCCCAAAGAGAGACAUGAUGUUCAGGACCCAGACUGUUUCAAGUAUAUCCCACAUGCUUCUACUUAUUCCUUUAUCAUAUACACUGUGGUUUUUGAUAUCUUUGGAAUAGCCCAUAUUCGCAAAGGAUAUAAUGUGCAAAAUGUAUCAGAAGCAGCUCAGACCAGCAGAAAUAACUACAUAAAUAUGUGUUUUCAAAUCACACCUCAGAAAACAGGAAAUGUUAAUAGUAGGGCUCCUGUAAAUCAAGAAGCAUAUUAUGGCUUUUUAAUGGACAACUUUCAGCUUACUCGGGCAGAAGAAGAUUGUUUUCAAGAGCAAGUGAGAAAUACUCUGAAUAAUAACUUCUAUCCACGGCCACAUCCACAAAAUAACUUCUAUCCACGGCCACAUCCACAAAAUAACUUCUAUCCACGGCCACAUCCACAAAAUAACUUCUAUCCACGGCCACAUCCACAAAAUAACUUCUAUCCACGGCCACAUCCACAAAACAACUUCAUCUAUCCACAUCCACAGCCACAAAAUAACUAUUUUAAUCUAUACUCACCAGAGGAGUGCUUUAGAAAAGUGAAUUAUGGCUUUGUUAAUCUGCCUUUCACAACGCAAUCAAACCAUCAUGCCUGCAGUAUUUGCUCUCACUUCUAAAAGCUCAACAACUUCACCAGAAAGUGAAGCCAAAUCAGUCUUAGCAUUUUGAGAAUUGGAGCCUCUUCCCCAGCACCUCUAUAAGAAUCCCAGCAGAUCCUGAACUUCAGAACAGACCCAUUUUCACAGCAUUGCACAAACCAGUGAAGAUUUUUGUCUAAAUGGAGAUUUCUAAUAGGUUAUCAUUUCAAAUUUGAUGGCUCAUAAGAUGAUAGUGUCAUGGAUUCAGAACCAGAAGUAUGUGUCAACCCAUCAAUAUCAGUUGAGAAGUUUUGCUUAGCUCACCGUCUUGGAGAAGAAUGAAUCAUUUUUCAAGCUCUGGUUCAGUCCAUUUCUUCCUCCAUUUCAGAGGCUGCUGAAUUCCAGCUCCAGUUUCCCAACGUGGUCUCACAAGACAAUCUUCUCAGUCCACACCAGCCCUCAAUCCUCUAUGUCUCUCAUUUCACCUGCUUUACAAUAAAUUUUGUUGUCUUGUGAUGCUUUUGAUUUCAAUGUAAUUUCAUUAACAAUAAAUAUUCUAUUCUUUGA